CGGCCGGAGGAGGGGGAAAGGGGGGGACGCGGAUGGGCUUUGCUGGAGGAGUACCCCGGUAAUGAUGUCCCGUAGAGACAAACAGCCCCAAAUAAGGAGGAGUAUCUUCGCCCCGGCACCCCCGGGACAGCAACAGAAAGCAAAGAAAUGACUGCGAAGCUGCCCGCAAAAGGAAGAAAAACAGAAAGACGCUGCCGGAUUGUGAGAAAAACAACACCCUUUGAAUGUGCGGAAUGGCAAAACCAAUGUAUGCGCUCUCCUAAGGAGUCCCUGCCGACAAACAUGCGCUGCUCACGCAGCAAAACCCCGACCCAGAAACUGAUGUGAGGAUGGACCCCCAAAGCAGGGCUGCUCCCACAUAAAGAGGAGACUCCAGGAUCCCCCCACAGCCCGAACUUCCACUGUCACUGCAGGGCAGUUGGACUGUUUGGCCUUCAGAGGUCCCUUCCGACUCUAAGGAUUCUAUGAUUCUGUGUGAUGUUAAUAGUGGGCACAGCCUGGCAGCACUGGGACGCUGUGCAGUAGGACUGGCUGGGCAGGGCUCCUUCCAGAUAGGCAAACCCCAAAUUCAUCAUAGAAUCAUAGAGCCAAAGAAUAGCUGGGGCUGGAAGGGAACUCAGAGCCCACCCGGCUCCAAGCCCUGCCGUGGGCUGGCUGCCCCAUCCAGCCUGGCCUUGAGCAUCUCCAGGGAUGGGACAGAACUCUCCAUCCCUGGGCAGGCCUUUGGUCCCAGACUUCUCAUCUCUCUCCUGUUGCUGCUCCGCGUGCAGUGGGGAGCAGUCAAUAAAAACCACCGGGCGUUAAUUUGAGUUCGUGUGCUGCGUUGUGGAUCCCCAUCUGCUGUGUUUGGUUUUUGGAAACAUGCAGCAUGGGACAGGCAGAGGUCCACGUAUCCGUGGCAGCGCCGGACAAAGGAUCUCUGUGCUGGUGCUGAAUGGUGCCUUGGGAAUUCCCAGGGUUGCUUAGGAACAAAUGCCGGAGGGGUCCGAGUGAGAGCUGACUGUGCCUCAAGAUGGGAGCGGGUUUGGAGGAGCACCAGGGCACAAAUGGGGCUGGUGGGGAUUUCUGGGACAGGAUCAUCAAUUUAGUUGUUGGCAGCCUGACGUUCCUGCUGCUUCUAGUCACUUUGAUCAGUGCUUUUGUCUUCCCACAACUACCUCCAAAACCUGUGAAUAUAUUUUUUGCUAUCUGCAUCUUCUUGUGUUGCAUUUCUGCCGGCAUACUUAUCUACUGGUAUCGACAGGGAGACCUGGAACCUAAAUUCAGGAACCUAAUUUACUAUGUAUUAUUCUCUAUCGUCAUGUUAUGUAUAUGUGCCAACCUGUACUUCCAUGAAGUGGGUAAAUGACAGGCAUUGGGAAUACCCAGCGA